AGAGACGACAGUGGGCGUUUGAAAAAGAGCCUGACGAACCUCGAAAUAGCAUUCCGAUGUCUUGUGUGAUAUUAUGAAGGAAUCCGUGUAACAGGUGUUCUGGAUCUGGAAUUCUAGGGCUGGCAUGCUUUUUCUUCCUCCUCCAUUAGCGCCUACCCUCUUCCCCUCCUGCGAGAGCCACCUACACGUCUUGUGCCUUCUCUCUCAAAUCUUGAGAGUAGACAUCACCACACUCCGGUUGAUUUGUGGUUUCCUUGCCUUGUAGCACCAGGGGAGUGUUUGAUUUGCAGUCUGGCAGAUAGAUUGGUCUCAAGUCGUGCAGGAAUUCCCCGCUCCUUGAGUAGUUGCACAGACUCGUUUGAAGUUUGCGAGGUCUGUCCUACUCGUCUUGCUUUUGAAGUGCCCAACCUGUUGGAAUUCGGAGUAAUCUUGCGAUUUUGGAGGAAUCAGGUGAAGCCUUCUUGUCUGAAUUCUUCUGGUGCUAGAAACUUAGAUUUCGAAGGUCAUUGAAAUGGAGAACCUCAAGUGAUGCUUGCAUCUGAAGUGAUUUUGACGCAAGCUGCGGCUCUCUGGAUCCGAGGAACUCCAUUCCGAAGCCUCUGGAAUCCUUUUCGAGCGGCGCUGUCAGGUUGUGUAAUCUCACAACUCGACACGAAUCUUACUUGACUUCUGAUGGGGUUCUGACCUCUCUGGCGUGUGGUGGCUUUGAGGAGCCAAUACAUGGGGAAAGCCCAAAUGGGUGCCGAUGGAGGAGGUGAAUGACAUUCUAUCCUACGCCGAUCCGUUGAAGGAGGAACCCACAUCCGAAUGCUGGUGACCUCAGACUCGCGGAUCUAGAGAUAAUGGGAACUGCGUUCCACUUAGAUCAAGCCAUGAUAAAUUCAAGGAACCGGGGCAAGUGCACCAAGAUGCACGCGCACUUGGGACCCGGCUUCGACGGAUGCCAGCUUUUCGAUGGGGAGAAUCCGAACGACGUGCUCUGUGGGGCGUGUGGCUGUCACAUGAGCUUCCAUGUGAAGCUUAACCUUGGUGAUUCGAAGUACCGUUUAGAGAAUCAUGAAGUCAUAGAUUUGGAACCAGGUUUAAAGAGAUGCAAGAUGAGCUUCGAGGCUUCCCCUGCUGAGUCUGUGGGAGACAAUCUAGACUCCAAUCCAGGCGUGGAGGUUAACAGCGGAACUUCUCAAGAGGAUUUGCUGAGAGUCUUUAGGUCUAACAGAUUGGAAGAGCAGCCGCCUGUGUUUUUGCAACCAGCUUCAAUCAAGCCGGAAAGAGACGAAAUUAGAGUUAAUGAUAGCAUCCCCCUGUACAGAGAAACACCGCUCUACACGAAAUUGUGUUCAAAAUUGAAGCUCAUACAGGCGGAGUAUCCAGAAGCCAUUCAUGGAAAGUUCUCCAUAGUGCAUGACGAUGUUCAUGGUUACAGAGUUUACUGUGGAGGCUGCGACAGGCAUUAUGGAAUCCCUAAGCCUGGUUACAGCCUGGGGAACUUCGAAAGAGGUCACCUAGCAAGCAAGAGGCACAAGGAUAUGGGCGCUGCGCAAGGGAAACUGAAGGUGCAAAAGAUAGGGAGCUAUUCGCAGCAAGCUCCAAACAAGACGAUGCAUUUUGGGUGAAGGAUCAUCAACAUUGAUACCAGGACAUGUGUACAUUGAUAAUAGGAUGUGCUAGUGUGUCAAACGCUUAAUUAAAACGGGGCCUAUUCAACAAAGGGAUGCACUUAAAGCCAUCGAAUGUUGGUAGUGUACAGCAUUCGCACAGUUUUCUAAUGAGAUAGAUUUUAAGAUGAUUAUGGCAUACCUCUGAGGUUCGCUUCCGCAAUGGCUGCUAUUGAAGGGAAAGCUUAUUUUUUUUAAGAAAAAAAUCUAAGAUAUCGAGCCACUCUAUUGGAUUUCAUUUCUUCGCUAAUGAUAAGAGCAAGGUCUUAUUUGAGAAGUGUAUGAGAAUAAGAUCAGCGGUAGUCAGCCCUUAGGAUGAACCCACUUGGGAAAUGGGAGGUGUAGUACACUAUUGACCUCCAUCCAACGAAGUUUAUCCAGUUUUUGAGAGUAAAAAGCAAGUGUAUCCACACUGGUCCAUUUUACACCCCCUUCCACUUGUUGACUGUAUGGAAGGAAUUUUGUGCAGUAUGGUUGCCUUUUGAGAGGGAAUUCAUAGGCGCUCUAUUCCAAGUCUCAGUGAAGGAGAUAGAUGAACAUGCAGCCGUGGAGUGAAGAAUGCUUGCUUGGACUGCCUUGUCAGUACUGACCAGAUUUAUGGAGCCUCUUGCAAGAAAUCGAAUCAAAUUUGAGGUAAUAUAUUUUGCUUA